GUCUGACACUUGCUAACACUCGAGAACGAGAAAAGAACUUAAAUUGUAUCUAGGUAUCGCACAUACAAAUAUAAUUAAAAUGAAUCAUAAUCAAAUGAAUAUGCAUGUACCAAUGAAUCCUGUUGGUGGCGCUCCAAAUGUAGGUAUGCAAAUGCAAGUACCAGGUCCAAUAAUGCAACAGCAGUCUCCUCAACAAAUCCAACCAGCUAUGCCCCAACAAACGCAACAGGAUAAAAUGGACAAUAUAUCUAAAGUUAAGACACUUAUGGGAUCCUUAAGAGAAUCUAUUCCAAUGACAUUGAAAUCAGCUGCUCAAAUUCUGCAUCAGAAUCAUAAUGUUGACUCUAAUUCACAAAAAGGUAUGGAAAAUGCUGUUCCAAGAUUUGAUAAGAAUCUAGAAGAGUUCUUCUCACUGUGUGACCAGAUGGAAUUGCACUUGCGAACCGCUAUAACUUGUAUACAACAAGCGCAAUCAGCGGCGCAUUACCUGCCUCUAACGGUGAUACCUUCGCGACUGGACUCUGGCCCCACCACGCAGGAGACAACGUUGAGCUACCCUCAGUAUUUGAAUACGGUACGACUGCAGAUCUCGUACGCCAAGGAUAUUCACGAUACGCUGGUCGCGGCUGCCCAAAAUAUAUCGCCAACUGAGUAAUCUUGAAGAUGAAGACUGCAUAGAUAUACCGAUAC